AUGGGUCGUGAUUUGUUCGUCGUUCUUGUGGUGUUGAUCGUGGCUGUGGCCGGAGCCAUGGCGAGCGAAGCGCCCUCCGCCUCCCCCGCCGAGCCCCCCAAGUCCUCCUCCCACGCCUCUCCUCCCACCUCCCAAUCCCACGCUCCCAAGGCCUCCGCUCCCGCACCCUCCUCCUCCGGCUCCGGCAAGGGCAGUGGCGGCAGCAGCAGCAGCCCCAAGUCAGCGCCCACUCCUUCCUCCUCCUCCGGCUCUCCUUCCCCGAGCAGCUCUGGCUCUCCGUCUAACUCACCUCCCACUCCUUCCCCCGAGGCCGACGACAUCUCAUCCCCCCCGGCCCCCGGCAGCGAGUCCAUUGAGAUGGACUCUCCUUCGCCCGCCCCCUCCUCCACCGUUACUCCAGCUGCGGCUCCCGCCAGCGCCGCCUCUUCCGAUGCUGUUCUCCACCUGUCUGCUGCCGUGGCCGCCGCUGCAGUUGCUACCCUGGCCUUCUGA